AUGGCAGAUCGAGGCCCCCCGUCCUAUCCUCUCACCCAAAAUUUCAAUCCCUCGAUGCUGCAGCAGCAUAGUCAGCAGCAAGCGCAAGCGAAUCAGCAGAAUCAGCUAUCGCAGGCUCAACAACAACAGCUGCAUCAGAUGCAGGAUCUUCAGCAGGGACAGCCAGGUUCUAUGUCGAUGCAGGAUAAUGCGAGAUUGUGGCAACAGAUGCAGCAGUUCCCUCAGUUCCGAAACUUGGCUCCUGGGGGGGAGGCUAGUCAGCAGAUGGCUGAACUUCUUCGCAAUCGCACCUUCAAUCAGCAUAACCCUCAGCAGCAACAACAGCAACAACAGUUCACUCUCGGCGUCAAUCCUCUGGGCGGUGGUCCUCAGCAUCAGCCGACGUUUCACGAUCAACCGAACAGCCAACCUAACAUGCCCCCCGGGUUUCCCAACAUGGCGCUUGGAAUGGCAAACCGAAAUAUGGCGAUUCAAGCGUUGCAGGCGAGGCAGUUGGACUUGAUGGCUAUGGCGCAGAACCAACAGAACCAGAAUGGCCCUAUUAACAAUUUAGCCAGGAUGGCGCAACUGCAGGCGAUGCAACGCGAACAAGCCCAACAUCACCAACAGAGGGAGCAGAUGCAAGGUAAUGGCACUACGGAUUCCUUCAAUCCCCCACGCAUGCCGACCCCUGAUGCUGUUCGUCGAUCCCCGUCUCAUGCGUCUCCUCAACCGCCGCCUGGAGUUUCCAAUUCCCCUAACAUGCCACCCAACCGUGAUGGUCCCCAAGCCGCAACCACCUUACCCGCUCGUCGCAUGAUGACUCCGACAGAAAUGAGGGAACGGUCGAAUCAACUGAGAGUGCUGAUCAGUACCGCCGAGCAGUCUAUCAUGCAGCUCAGCGCUAGUCGAGGGUCGCUACCCGAGGCCACGUUUAUGCAGAAGAUGACUGUGUUGCAGAACGAUCUCAAAGGGAAGAGAGAGUACUUUGCGAAGCUGAAUGCGGCGUUACAAGCACCUCAAUUUCCAGUAGGUGGUGGUGCACCUUUCCCCGGACACCCAACGGGUCAGACAUCUGGCUGGACGAACCAAACGGGCGGGCCAUCAUUUGGGCCGUCGCAAGGUCAACAUUCCCAGAAUGGCUCUAUGGGAGGCCCUUCCAUGCACUCGAUACAGAGUCCCGCCCAACUCCAUCCUCAGGCGAAUCACAUGAUCAACGGGGUACCUCCACGUUCAGGACCAACUCCCACACAACAACAGCGGGAACAAAUGCAUAGAGAACAGCAACAUCAUCUAGGGGCUCAAUUCGGCGUGAAUGGCCAAACAUCCCCUCCUCCCUCAAUGAAUCAACCGUUCGGCUUUGGCCCUGCAAACGGUGGAACUCCUUCCAGUGCCAACUCUUCAUUACCAUUGGCCACAAACGGCGGAGGCGCACCCCAGCACAGUCUUCAGGGCGGCAUGGUCACUUUACCACCACCAUUGCAGAAACCCCGUUUUGACGAGACUUACGGCAACUUUUGCAAGAGCAGGAACGUCAAUCAUGAUCUGCGUAUGCUCUCUGUUGAUGGAAGAACCAUCGACCUGCACAUGCUCCACCGACAAGUCUUGUUGGAGGGCGGCGUAGGAAAGGUUAAUCAGAAGGACCUUUGGGCUGUCAUCGGUGCUCGUAUGGGGUUCGUCUCGUUCCCUGCGUCUGACACAGAACCCGCCAAGAGUGGACCGGGCGUCGCAGGGCAACUAGCGCACGUCUACAAGGAGUAUCUGGCUGCGUUCGACAUGCUCUACAUACAAUCAGUCAUAGAGCAGAAGAAAAAGCAGAUGAUCCAGCAGAACCAACUGAACCAGAAUCAGAACCAGGGUAACGGUCACCCUAACAGUGGACCUCCUGCUGGUCCUGGCGGUCCUGAGGGUGGAGUGGGGGGCGCGAUGAACAUUGGCUCGAUGAAUCCUCAGCAACGGCCUUCGCUCACUCCACAGCAUAUGCAAAUGAUGGUGCAGUAUGCAAGCAGAUCUGCAGCAGAGCUGCGUGCACAGGGUGUACACGAGCGUGUGAUUCAAUUUGUGGAACAGAAUCGCGCAACCUUGCAACGCAAUGCUUUGGAUCAGGAUCGCUUUCGAGGACAGUUCAGACCCGGUACGCAGCCUGGUCAAGGUGGCCUUUCCCCCGGUGUGGUGAAGGACAGUAACGGAGGCGCGCAGAAUCCGGCUGGCUCAGUACCCCAGCACAAUCUAGCGCCACCGUUUGGAGGCCCUCCUCCCGCUAGAGGGCCAAUGCAGAAUCCAGCUAGUGCUAUCAUCUCAUCGCUAAUGCGAAGUGAACCACAACUUACGCAAGCUGCGAUGAAGAUAAUCCAGCAGUUGAAGACGAAUAUCCCUCAACAGCUGGAACCACUGCGCUCGGCAACUGCUAUCGUUUCUCCGGAUCAGCGAAUGGAAUACAACCAAUUAAUAGAGCAAGUCUUCCAUGCUUCGCAGGAACUCGACGCCAAGCUGCCAAUGUUUUAUGUCUUGCUCACUAAUGACGAGAUGCUGAAAGAGCUGGUCGCUAUUAAUUACUCCAUUCAAACGCAGCGUAGUCUUCUUUCCUCCAAUCAACCCAGGUUUGUGAUCAGCCUAGAGAACUUGCGAUCUAUGGCCGGGGAACUUGCGAGGGCGAAGGAGAUAUUCCAGGUAGCGCUGACCAACUUGGUCAAGAACCAGCAAGCAGCAGCGGCCAACGCUCAAGGUGGCCCUAAUAGUGGCCCCCCUCCGGGCCCAUCUCAUCCCCAAUCGAGCCUUCUCUCUGUAUCAAAUCCUCCCCAGAAUCGACCCACUGGGCCAACACGCCCGCCACCAGCGAAGCCCAAAACUGCCAUCCAAUCCAGUCCUAAUACAUCCGCCAUGUCCGCCCCCACUCCUCCUGCCGCUACUGUGUCAACACCAGGCCCCAGCGCCAGCUCUCCCAUGGCCUCUGCCACUUCACCUCCAACGCCUAAGUCACCGAAAACGAAACUGCAGAAGACGAAACCCCCUCCACCUAAACAACGCAGGCCAUCCAAGGUGGGAACGGCGCCGACAAUACCGCCAGCCGAUCCCCCACGGCCUCCCUCAGCGACAGCAGGCGUCAAGCGUGCCAGGGAAGAUGAAACCAGCAACAUUGCAUCAACCACCCCUCAGACUUCGGGUACCUCAGCCAUAGCGGGACCUAGUACCAACGUAGCUAAUGGAGCGUCACCCCCUAAACGCAUCAAGACCGAGUGGGACUCGAAGGAUGGUAUUCUCAUGGAAGGAGAUGCUGAGAAACAGGCGAUCGACAGCAUCAAGACUCCGGAGGAUGCAAGCGCUUUCAUGGAGAAGAUGGCUGAGCUGAUCAAAUUGGCCGGCGAGGGGCAGUCUUCUAUCAAUACAAACAUUGCCGAGUCCCUCGAUGAGAUAUUGAAGGGAUAUGGUGGAGCGUCAGACGUGGACUCAUCCAUAGGCGCCAUAGACACCUUCCAACUCUCUUCCGAAGCGCCAGUUUCUGGGGAUAACAACGAUCUGGAAGAGUUUUUCAAUUUUUCAUCCUUUGCGAAUGAUGAAGACGAUGCCGGCUCGAAAGCAGCAACUCCAGAUCUAAUACUCUCUUCGUCAACCAACCCCAGUCCUGCAUCAAACGCCGAGAGUGAAGCAGGUCACCCGACGUUAGGACCGGACGUGAAGACGGAGGUCAAGACGGAGGACGGUUCGGAUUCAUUGAGGCUUGGUAUGUGGAAGGAGAUUGAUGGUGGUGAAUCGUCAUUCUAUCAUUCUAACAAUGACUGGAAAUGGGACGGUCCUAUGGCUACCAUAGAUUCUUCAUGGGCACUUUUGUCCUAG